AUGCUGUCGAUCACGCUGCCCGCCGGCGCCGUGCCCGGGACCGUCGUCCGGGCGCCGGACGGGCGCGGGGGGACGGUGCAGGUGCAGCUGCCGCACGGCUGCGCGCCCGGGGCGACGGUGCAGGUGCCGCUGCCGGCCGCGCCGGCCGCGCCGGUCGUCGCGCCCGUCGCGCCGAUCGCGCCGAUCGCGCCCGUCGCGCCCGUCCUGCCGGUCGCGCCCGUCCUGCCGGUCGCGCCCGCGCCCGCGCCGGCGCCCGCGGGAACCGACUUGACGGCGGAGCAGCGCGCCGCGCUGGAUGCGUUCGCCGCCAUGGACGCGGACGGCGACGGCGAACUGACCGCCGACGAGAUAUACCAGGCGCUCUCGAAGAAUGACGCGGACGUGACCCUCGCGCGCGUCCAGGAGAUUGUUGCCAAGGCCGACGCCGACGGCAACGGCACCGUGUCUCGCCAGGAGUACCUCGACGCGGUCGCCGCUGACAUCGUUCCGGGAAGCUGGCUCGGCGGCCUCGGCCGGCGCCUGGGCGCGCUCUUCGCCGAGCCGGCGGCCGCGGCGGCCGCCGCGCCGCCACGCGAGGAGGCGACGCCCCCGCCGCCGCCGGACCCCGCGUCGCCGGCGGUCGUCGUGACCGAGCCCGAGCCCGCGGUGGCACCGGACCCCGCGUCCCCGGUCGUCGCGGCCGAGCCCGCGGCGGCAGGCAAACCGGGGCGGAAGCUGUCGCUCAAGGAGAAGGCGGCUAGAAAGAAGAAGCAGCUCGGGAAGGCCGCCGCCCGCGCGAAGGAGGCGGCGCUGGAGACGACGCGCAUCAAGGACCCCUUCGUCGAGCGCCUCUUCGACGGGUGCGUCGUCUGGUCGCAGGACUGGAAGCGGGACCUCUGGCUCUACCUCAAGACCGAGAAUCCCUUCAUCUCGACGCUGUUCUCGCACCCGGACCACCCGUACAGCCCGGCGGAGCGCCGGACCGGCCUCGUGCUCGCGACCUUAUAUGCGAUCGGCAUAGCCUUUAUUUUUGAGGCGAAUGCCGCGAACGCCAGAACCGCGUUGAUUCGGGCUUUGAUCAUCGGAGGCAUGCUCAACUGGUUCUUCGACUACUUCUACAAGUACUCGGUCGAGUGCCCGUGCGUGCAGCGGGACUCGGCCGCCUGCGUCAAGUGGUGCGCCGAAAAGUUCGGACAGUGCAUCUGCCUGAUCAUGACCACGAUCGCCGGGGCGAUCCUCUUGAACGGGAUUAUCUUUAUGACGCACCCAAAGGAACGGACAGACGGGAGCAAAAAAGGAUCGGUCGGCGCCGCCUUCUGGAAGUUCGCGGUGGGUAUGCUUGAAUCCAUCCUCUUCUACUCGCUCGUCUGUUCGUGCGUCGAGUUCGCGAUCGCCCGCCGCGGCCAGAUGAAGCCCGCGGACCCGAAGAAGCUCCCGGUCUGGUCCGGCAAGAAGCGCGUCCGGGGCCUUUGCGGCUGCGGGUGGAAGAGCCCGCCGGGCGAGCUCUGGCUCAAGUGGGUCGGCGAGGACAAGGGCUUCGAGGACCUCCCGCCGCGCCCCCCCACCUACUUCAUCAAGCCGGGCCGCUGCUACGCCUGCUGCGCCUGCUUGAACUGCUGCUGCGUCUGCUGCGCCACGGGCGUCGCCACGUGGCUCGCGCGGCGCGAGACGGGCGACGCGGGCGUCGACGCGACCGACGAGCGCACGCUGGCCAAAUACAAGUACCUCGCCGUCUACGGCGAGGACGCGCGCGACCGGACCGACGUCGAGGCUCCCGCGGCACCGGCGUAG